AUGGCAGAGCCGAGUCGACCUGCAACUGCCAGAUUUCCUCCUUCCCGGCAGGUCCGGGGCACGAGGCUUAAUACUAUAAUCGAGGACGCGCGCGAGACGCAAUAUGCAGACAAUCGGGGGCCGAGUCCUACUGACAAUGGUCCGAAGAGUCCCACGCCGCGACUGAAGCUGAAGACGACCGGGCUGUCGUUGCCGCUGGUUAGACAACAACGGAAGUUUCUGUCGCCGCUGUCGGCUGGUUCAGUCUCGUCGUGUUCAGAUGUGGAUUGGCAGAAUCAGAUGAGGACUUUUGAUGAACUUUAUGAUGCUACGGACGAUGAGUCGGACUUCAGUGAUGAGUGCAUGUCAUUCACAAGUACCCGGCCUACCAGCCUGACAACACCGACCACGAGGGCGGACUCGGUGACCUCUUCGAAUUCUCGGAGGCGGUAUCCGGCUCUCUCUAUCCCAACGUCGAGUAUAUGGCCUUCGCUCAAUGGGGCUCCGAAGAGCUCGCCCGUUCCACCAACUCCUCCGCAGAGAAUCCCCGUUUCUCCUGCCGCCCUCUCGCUUUUGUCACGUUCAGUACCGGCAAUGCACGCGACUCCGUCGUUGGAUGGCAGCGUGUCAUCGGACCAGGUGUCUAAUCUGAGCACUCCAUCGACUCCGUCCUUGCGGUCUCUUCCAGACACCGACUGGAACUCGCGCGAGAUCCAUGUUCUUCCAGACCUCGACGAUUCGCAGCACCCGAACAUUGCGAACCCUGAGACUGAGGAAGUACCGAGCAUCGAAAUUCCUAUCGAAGAUGCGGACGACGACUGGCGACGCUUCAUUGGGGAGUUUCCGCAGAUUCCUGGCCAAACUACAUCGCAAGCCGGCUAUGUUGGGGUUGAGCCAGCCCGCGAGGACACCCCUUCUGACCCAGGCGUUGCUCUUCCUGAAGGUGCUCUGGCAACGUUGCAGUUUAUUCCUCUGGAAGGAACGCCGGAACCCUGGUCGGAGACUUCGGAACCGAAUGAGGAAAUGUGGCAGGUUGCAGCUCCGCCAGAACCACGCCGGCUUGACGAUGAAACGCCAGUCUCUGAGUUGUCAGAGUAUAGCUUCACUGGACUGAGCAUACCAUCUCCUGGAGGAUUCUUCAACUCACUGGCCCCUCGGGCUCGCCAUACCUGGUCACUUCCGAAGCUCAACCAGCCGCCUACCUCAGCCACUGCUGAGAGAUUCUACAACCUUCCGUUCAACAGGGAGGAAGGGGAAAUUAUUGAGCAAGUCAUUGAUCUCCCAGAGAGAUUGAAUGAUGAGCAGCUGACAGCAAUCUACGCACCACCGACAGCAAUUAAGAUCCCAGAGAGUCCCGCACACCCACCAACGGAGGGUUCCAUUAGUCCUGUCAGCGAACGUGUGCACGAGAUUUCGAGACCUGCUACCGCCUACGACCCCGACGAGCAAGACGAGAAUUAUGCGGAGGAGCUGCACAAAAAAGCGCUGUCCAGUUUGGACAGAACUAGCGUCUGGCUGGCGGCACAAGCUUCGUAUCUUGCGGCGCUCAGAGAAACGAACCCCGUCAACAACCUUCCAGAUGAAGACGAGCGGCCUCAAGACGUCGACGAGAGCCCCCAACACGUUUCUCCGGCACUCGAGCGAAAUGCUUCCGUUUGCUUCACUGGGAUGUUUCCGGAACCUCCCAGUUCGCUCCCUGCUGCUAAUGCGAGCAAGGAUUCAAUCUAUUGGCGCGGAUUCCGUUUCUUGCUUGAUCAGUCCAGAAGCCGGGAUACCUUUGUGCAUCGUAGUACUCGCUUUGACGCUGUGCAAUCUUUCCGUCUUGGUCUGUCUGGUUUGCACAACAAGUGCCUGCUUGGGAACUAUGAGUUGGUGCUUCCAGACCGACCCGCCUACAGUGGGCCGUUCGCGAAAGCGCCACGCCAUUCUGUUCUUCCCGGAAUUCUCCAACAAAAGGCUGAGUUCUCCAUGAUUGAGAAGGAGCAACUUGUCCUUUCCCAAAUCAGCCAGCCAAUGUGGGCCAUGGAAGCCUUGCGAUACCUCCAAGGGGGCAAUCUUGUUGUGAGUCCUGCUCGGAAGCGCUUCUCGAAACGUGCGACAGCCGCAGCCCCCCACAAGACCCCCAAGCGCCGUCAAGUGAGGGUUCUUGAUCUGGGUGGUCAUGCCACAGCCGAGUGGGCCUGGCAUCUCGCGCACGACUAUCCUCAUGUCAAGGUCUACACUGUGUACACAGAGCACCAGCAAGUCAACAAAGCCAUCAAGGGCCCCCCGAACCACCGUCACAUUCAAGUGCCCCAGCUAUGGAAGCUCCCCUUCCCUGACAAUAAGUUCGACGUGAUCUCAGCCCGCUCCCUACCUGCAUUCCUGAAGACGGAGCGUCCGGCUGGAGAUUGUCUAGACGAGUACGAUCUUUGUCUGAAGGAAUGCCGUCGCUGUCUCAAGCCAGGCGGGUAUCUAGAGUACCUCGUGAUGGACGCCGAGAUAGCUCGCGCAGGUCCAUACGCAUCUGCAACAUCCAUCGAGUUCUCGUUCAGUUUGAAAAUACGAGGUUACGACCCAGUUCCAACGAAGCAAUUCGUUGGUCGCCUGCGCAAGCAAGGCUUCGUGGGCAUCAAACGAGGCUGGAUGUAUCUACCAAUGGGAACAGAGCCACCAAAGCCUCAAGUUCCAAGAGAGACUCCUGAUCCCAGGGUCAAGAGUCUGAUUGAGGACUACGAGGCGGUUCAGGGGCCGUUGGGAAGCACGGCUGAUAUUGCGUCCAUAACAGGUUUACUGGGUGGUUGGAUCUGGGAACAGUGGCUACUUAAGCUCCAGGUUGAGAUGGGUCGAGAUAAGAGCAAAUUGCUUGAGGGUAUCGGGAGUAUGUUUGACGAGGGGCGGAAGAAUGGGUCUGGCUGGACAUGCUUGUCUGGUUGGGCGAUGAAACCAUUAAAGAAGCAGAGUGACGCUACAGGUUUUUGAGGGCCUCUAUGAAUCUUCGGUUGCGGCUUGCGCCCAUUUCACUCUCUAAAUUUUCAUAUUCAGUCCUGGUGGUUGUCUUUGUUCCCUCUAUCGUCCUGGUGGCGAUCGAUCAUUAUCUGAUAACUAAACAUUUUUUGGCGUGGUUCUGUUGAGCGUUCUGUGAUGGGUGAGAUCUGAGAUGGCAAGAGUACGACGGCAUGAGACUUGAUACCAAUGACCUAGUAUAACAUGAAAAAAACCCUAUCUGUUAGA